CCACAGGCAACCCAGAUCAAUAGAAGAUGAAUUCAACAGAUCAGCGUCCCUUCUUCCGUGAUCCAUUGUUUCCUGUCGUUCAGACACUGACCCUCAGCCCAACCCGUAUAUCUCUGGAAAUGUCCCCCUUUGCACCAUUCAAGGAAAGAAUCAAAGCCCUGGUCGGGGUUAUUAUCUUCGUAGACUUGCCAAUGCCGCCUUAUUAAAGG